CAACUUCAAGUUUCUUCCCCAUUGUUUACUAAAUACUAUUGAAAUAAAUUAUAAAUUAACUAUGCUCUAAUAGACUCAAUUCUGCACUUUGUUAUCUCUUUGUUUAUAUUGUUUUUUAUAAUUGUGCAUAUUGUACAUAAUUUGCAGAAUGGAUAGCGAUGAUCCCACACAGCCACUACUGGUAUCUUCUUUCAGGUGGCAGACAGGAAAGUCGGCUUCGUCGCACGACGUCGAAACUAUGUGGUCUGCAGUCGUGGAAGCGGAGAGUGCCCAUCACUAUAUGGCUGCCAGGAUACUGCUUUGAAUAUCUCGUUAGGGAUCUUAUUGCUGGCAUCACAGUGGGCCUUACAUCCAUACCUCAGGGAAUAGCAUAUGCUAUGGUAGCUGGUUUGCCACCACAGGUAGGCUUGUACUCCAGUAUAUUCCCCGGGCUAAUGUAUGCUAUAUUCGGCAGCUGUAAGGACGUGACAGUGGGCCCUACAGCUAUACUAGCAGCUUUGCUAGCGAAAUAUGUCGCCAAGUCCGAGGAUUUCGCAUAUUUGGCCAGUUUUUUGACGGGAUUGGUCAUUUUUUUGCUAGGUGUUUUGCAAUUGGGUUUUCUACUAGAUUUUAUAUCGAAACCGGUUAUAAGCGGUUUCACUACGGCGGCGGCUUUGCAGAUAUCGGCCGCACAGUUGAAAUCUCUUUUCAGGGUUGCUGGGUCAUCUGGCAACACUUUUAUAAGCGCUUUAAUAAAUUUCUUCAAAAACAUCGGUACAGUGCAACUAUGGGACACUGUACUAGGAGUUGCAACAAUUAUAUCUUUAUUUUUAAUUAAGCGGUCAACAAUAACCGCUCCUGAAGGUUCGUCAAAAUGUCGCUCACUAACUUCAGCCACAUGGUUGUACAUAGUGCGGGCACGGAACGCGCUCGUCGUGUUCGUGGGUUCGAUUCUAGCGUACGUACUGUUCUUGUAUGGGAAAACGCCGUUUAAACUGACUGGUACAAUCCACGGGGGCCUCCCACGUUUCGGGCUCCCACCGUUCAGUACAACAGUGAACAACGUGACUUUGGGCUUCGACGGUAUGCUCGCGGAGUUGGGGCCCGAGGGGCUCGUGAUGCCCCUAGUCGCUAUACUCGAGAGUAUCGCUAUUGCUAAGGCUUUUGCUGGCAACCGUGCAGUAGACGCAACACAAGAGAUGCUAGCACUCGGGCUGAGCAACGCGUUCGCAUCGCUCGCACAGAGCAUGCCCGCUACUGGCUCGUUCACUAGAACUGCACUCAAUCAUGCGAGUGGGGUUGUUACACCCGCCGGGAGUUUCUUUAAAGCGUGUCUAGUGUUGCUAUCAGUAACACUGCUCGCGGAGGCGUUUUAUUUUAUCCCACGAGCAACACUGGCGGGAAUCAUCAUGGUUGCCAUGAUUUCUAUUAUAGAACUAUCAAUUGUUAAACGGCUUUGGCAGAAUAGCAAAGCGGAACUCUGCGUGUGGUUGCUGACAGUGGUGCUGGGAGCGUGUGUGGGGCUGGAGUAUGGUAUCGCUGGUGGUGUGGCCGCUGAUGCUUUGCGGGCGCUGUUCACUGCUGCACGACCGCACUUGCAUACAGAGUGUGUUAAGCUCGGUAACCAGGACUGCAUAAUCAUAACCUUCACGGGCACACUUUCCUACGCGUCAGCGGAACAUGUGGCCCACACAGUGCGGUCGCUGGUUCAAAUCCGUAGCCUCGUGUUUGUGUUCGAUGGCAGGCAGUUGAGGGCCUGCGAUUUUGGUGUUGCUGAGAAUCUUACUACUGUGAUAUUAGAUUUAGAGAAGAACAAGCAUAGCGUGCUGUUGUGGAACUUCGACGUGAAAAUCCGCAAAUUGUUUGAAGAUAUCUCGCAGGAUAUGUCGCACAAGUUCGUUAGUGGACCCAGUUUAGAAGAUUUAGUAUUAGGUUUACAGUCUGCAAGACAAGACAGUAGCAUAAGUAUACCAACGUGAUAGUAGAUAAUAUUAUGUAAAAAUAAUUAAAAACAAACAGGGUUUAGUUCUUCCAAUUAAUGUAGAUACAGAAUGUGAUAUUAUUAAUAAUAUGUAUACAAUUAUUUAUUAAUAUAAAUAUUGUAAAUUGUAAAAUAAAUAAUUUUUAUUAAUGC